GAGAGAGGUGUGGAGAUUUGCACGUUAUACAGACAAGGGGAGAUCCGACUAUCACAGCACAGCACCUGGGGAAAGAGGAGUUAUCAAGUCUACUCUCUGGUAUUCACAUGAGUGCAUUUAGUCUGCUGCACUGGGUUUGAUUCAGUAAAUAUUUGACCAGGAAGGCAACGCAACAAGUCACACAAAAGACAACUGGGAGCAUUCUUUUACGCUAGACUUUGAACUUCACAUGUGGACUUGAUAGCUUGACUUAUCUUCUUAUCAACGCCAGAGGAAGCAAACUUUUUUUCACUUUCACAGAACCAAAGGAUAUAUUUGUCUGUCUUAAAGGUAUUACUGGACUCGUGGACUUUGGAGCACGAAAAGGGAGGAGAUGGGAAGAUGGGCCUUACGUCUCUCUUUGGCUUUGAGCAUUUUCACUUGCCUGUUCACCUGCUCUUCGGCUGAAGAGAACUAUUGUUUUGCUGCUAGGGCCAAAAGCUGCUCAGAAUGUCUACAGGCCGGAGUGGGAUGUGCCUACUGCUCUGAGCCGAAUUUUAAUGGGCCACGCUGUGACCUGUACCAAAACAUCGUGGCCCAUGGCUGCCGUGCUGCGGCUAUCCUCAGGGCAGAGAGCUCCAUGUCCAUAGACCUGAAACAGAAAAUCGACAUGAGCUUGGCUAAGUCCCAGGUGACCCCUCAGCAGGUCACCAUGAGCUUCCUGCCUGGGGAGGAGAGGUAUCUGGACAUAGAAGUCUUCUCUCCUCAAAAGGGCCCUCUGGAUCUCUACAUUCUCAUGGACUUCUCCAACUCCAUGGCCGACGAUUUGGACAACCUGAAGAAGAUGGGCACGGAGCUGGCAUCAUUGGUGGGGAAGCUUUCAGAUGACUACACCAUUGGCUUUGGGAAGUUUGUGGAUAAAGUAAUCGAACCUCAAACAGACAUGAGGCCCUCCAAACUUAAACAACCGUGGCCCAACAGUGAUCCUCCCUUCUCCUUUAAAAACGUGAUCAGAUUGACCAAUGACCUGGACUUCUAUAACAGUGAGCUGGAGAAGGAGAGGAUAUCAGGGAACCUUGAUGCUCCAGAGGGGGGGUUUGAUGCUAUUUUACAGGCUACGGUCUGUACGGAUAAGAUCGGAUGGCGCCCACACAGCACCCACCUCCUGGUUUUCUCCACUGAGUCGGCGUUCCACUACGAGACAGAUGGGAUCAACGUUCUGUCAGGAAUCCUCAAACGCAACGAUGAGGCAUGCCACCUGGAUGCCAGCGGGAAGUACACUGAGGAUAUCAAUCAGGACUACCCCUCUGUGCCCACGCUCGUACGGGUACUGGGAGAAUACAACAUCAUCCCCAUCUUUGCAGUCACCAACCACUCCUACACUUACUACCAGAAAUUGAAAGAAUAUUUCCCGAUAGCGGAAGUGGGGCUGUUGCAGGAGGACUCUGGUAACAUCCUGGAGGUCAUGGCCACUGCUUUUGAGAGCAUCCGAAGUAAAAUGAGCAUUCGUGCAGAGAAGCCCAAAGCCUUCGAGGCACAGUUCUUGAAGACCAGUGGUCAGAUCGCAGAGUAUGGGGCCUUUGAUUUCAAACCAGGGGCUAUUGGCAAGUUCAUGAUGCGUCUGAAAGCCCAGCAGAUGUUGGACGGGGAGCCGGUGUGCAAGGCCUCCACAGACGAGACAGAGGGAAACGUCAGAGUCAAACCCACAACCUUCAACGACGCAGUGAACGUCCAGGCCAACGUGCUGUGCCCCACAUGUGACUGUGAGAAGAGUCCUCUUGUUGGCUCACCCAUGUGCCAUGGAAACGGAGACCUAGUGUGUGGCAAGUGUCAGUGCUACCCCGGCUGGGUGAGCACACACUGUAACUGCUCGGCCACCACCUCAGCUCUGGACACCAGCCUUUGCAUCGAGCCAGGCUUCACUGAACCAUGCUCUGGGAGAGGGGACUGUCUGGAGUGUGGCCAGUGUGUGUGCUACAACCCCGACCAGUUUGAGGGGCCCUUCUGCCAGUACGACAAAACACAGUGCCUGCGCUUUGGAGGCUUCUUGUGCAAUGACCGUGGUUCUUGCAUCAUGGGCCGCUGUGUGUGCACUGAGGGCUGGGGAGGGGAUGCCUGUCAAUGUCCAAUGAGCAACUCCACCUGUCUGGACACUAGUGGGGGCCUCUGUAAUGGACAAGGCAAAUGUGUCUGCGGCCGUUGUGAGUGUACGAACGCUGAGAGUCUCCUAGUGACGUCUACAUGUGAGGCCAACUUCCAGGGUCUGCUCGGCGCUUGUGAGGCCACUAGGACGUGUGUUCAGUGCCAGGCCUGGAAAACUGGGGAGAAGAAAGAGCCAGCGGAGUGUGACAAGUGCGCCUUCAAAAUAGUCAAAGUGGAUGAACUCAAGAAACCUGAAACAGUUCUAGACUCGUGCAGUUUCCGUGAUGAAGAAGAUGACUGUACUUACUACUACACUGUGGACAACUCUAAGACUGCUGUGGGAGGUUUGGAGGUGCAAGUGCUUGAGAAGAAGGACUGCCCCCCGGCCAGUCUCCUGUGGCUGCUGCCUCUGCUGCUGUUCCUGCUGCUGCUCCUGGCCCUGCUCCUGCUGUGCUGCUGGAAGUACUGCGGCUGGUGCAAGACUUGCUGCGCGGGUUGCCUUGCUUUACUCCCAUGCUGUAGAAAAGGCCGCAUGGUUGGUUUCAAAGACGACCAUCUCUCAUUCCUCCAGUCCCAGGUGGCUGUGCCAAACCACCUGGACACUCCCAUGGUGCGUACCGGCCCACCCAAAGGCACUGAUGUGGUGCGCUGGAAAGUCACUGACAAUGUGCACCGUGGGCCCAGCCACCCACUGACCCAGGUCAAGCCCAACCCCAGAGAGAACAUCCCAUUCCCCAUCUCCCUGCGGCUCAACAGGCAGUUUGCAGAAAACCUCACCUAUCCUGAUUCCAAAGACGGAGAGCAGCUACGCAAAGAAGUCAACGACAAUUUAAAUGAGGUUUACAAGCAAAUCCCUGGAGUCCAGAAAGUACAGAAGACCACCUUCAGAAAACAAAAAAAUGCAGGGAAAAGACAAGAGAACGUCAUCAUGGACACGGUGCUGACAGCUCCUCGCAGCAGUUACCCCGACAUCGUCAAACUGACCGAGAAGAAUGUGCAGUCUGGAAACUUCCACAACCUGCGAGUGGUGCCAGGCUAUUACACUGUUGCCACAGACAGAGAGGCGACCGGUGCGGUGGAGUUCCAGGAAGGGGUGGAGUCUCUGGAUGUGCACGUGCCUCUGUUUGUGAAGGACCAGGAUGAUGACGAGAAGAAGCUGCAGGUGGAGGCUCUCGACGUCCCACUGGGCAUCGCUGAGAUCGGAAAGAAAUUUGUCAACAUCACCAUAACCAAGGACCACGCGCCCUGUGUGUUCACCUUCCUCCAGGACAACUACACAUACAGCAGGCAGGAUGGAGUGGCCAACAUCCCCAUCGCCAGGGAGAUCAGGGAGGACGGACGCGCUCAAGUCUCCUACCGCACCAUCGAUCACACCGCAAAGGACAAGAAGGACUAUAUAACAGUGGGAGGAGAUCUGACCUAUGCUCCUGGAGAGACUCAGAAGAUUGUACCAGUACGUCUGCUGGAGCUCACAGAGAAAGAUGGCCUCCUGGAAGACAAGCAGGUCAAGAAGUUCUACAUGGACCUGGUCAACCCUCAGCAGGGUGCCAAGCUAGGACGCUACCCCAGGACCACUGUGACUAUCGCCGAUUUACCAGAAUCCAGUCAGGUGAUGUUUAAGAACCCAACCCAGAGCUUUUCCACCUCUGAUCCUGUCUACAAAAUCCCUGUCAUCCGCACUCGUAAACCGGGCACUCCGGCUACGGUCAGGUGGCGCACUAAGAAGGCCCAGCGCUUUGAUCUGUCAGGAACACUCAAGUUUGAUCCCAAAGAGACUGAGAAGGACAUCGUGAUCAACCCCAAAAAUUACCCAGGUCCAAUCAAGCCUGAGAACUUCCAACUGGAGCUGUACGACCCAGGCAACAAUGCUAUGCUGGGAGAGAGGAGGACCACCACGGUUAAUAUCACUGAUGGAGCUCCAGAGAUUGCCCAGAUGCAGCAGAUGGGCUUCAUAAACCAGAUGGCCACAUCCCCGGGCGGGCACGUUCUGGCCCCUGGCAACCCAAGAGCCAAAGCCACCGGACCCAGAAGCAUCCGCCUCAAUUGGGACCCCCCUCCAGGCAACCCCAUGGGCUACAAGGUGAAGUACUGGAUCUACGGAGACCCAGAAAAAGAUGCCACAGUGCUGGAUGUGAAGACACCUCAGGCUGAGCUCACAAACCUGUACCCGUACUGCGACUAUGAGAUGAGGGUGUGCGCCUACAACGCCCUGGGAGACGGAUAUGACACUGACAUCGUGUCCUGUCAGACUUUGGAAGAUGCGCCCGGUGAACCAGGACGUCUUGCCUUUAACGUGAUCAGUCCCACUGUGACUCAACUGAGUUGGGCAGAGCCCGCAGAGACCAAUGGCAACAUCACAGCCUAUGAGGUCAUCUACACACCCAUCAAUGACGACUUAAAGCCUGUGGGUGCAGCCAAGAAAGUCCACAUCGACAACCCCAAGAAACGCAUGCUGCUCAUCGAGAACCUCCAGACCGCUCAGACAUACCAGUACAAAGUCAGAGCCAAGAACAAAGUGGGCUGGGGCCCCUUCAGAGAUGCCAGCAUCAAUCUUGCCUCACAGCCUGUCAGGCCUCUGUCCAUCCCCAUCAUCCCAGACAUCCCCAUUGUGGACGCAGAGGCAGGAGAGGAGUAUGACAGCUUCCUCAUGUACAGCAACGAGGUGCUCAAGUCCCCAGGAGGCUCAAAGACCCCCAGUGUGUCUGGAGAGGAUUUCCCCAUGAAUGGAAAAUGGGAUCAGAACUUCCUUUUCCCCGGAGGCACACCGUCGCGUAACAUGUCGUCUUCCUCCUCCCCUGUCUCUACCAUGAACUCCAGCUACAGGACUGGCGGGGGCUCCUACACCUCUGAGACCACCACCACAUACCUAAGUCCUGGAGGAACCCGCAGAACUGAGAUGAUAGGAGGAGGAGGACUGACCACCACAGAUGUCAUCAUGAGGAAACGCUCCGACAGAUCGUACACUGAUGAGAAUAUCAGAGACUCGAUCGUCAUGGGACAGGUGUCCAGCAACUUCCCUGACCUGGGUGGCUUCAGUGGCUUGGCGGGGACUCAGAGCACCUCUCAGGGCCAGUUCAGCUACAACCUGUCCCCGGGUGCCAGGAGCAGGAGUGAGUCUGCAGAGGUCAGCCGGGCCCUGUACAAUCUGGACAGGGUGCUCCAUGAAGCCCGUUCUCCAGGCAUCCCCGACACUCCCAGCAGACUGGUGUUCUCCGCUCUGGGACCCACAGCGCUGAAAGUCAGCUGGCAGGAGCCUCACUGCGAGAAGAAUAUCCUGGGAUACUGUGUGCUCUACCAACUGCUCAAUGGAGCCGAGGUGAAGCGCAUUAACAUAACAAACCCAGCAGAGAACUCCGUCAUUAUCCAGGACCUUCUGCCCAACCACUCGUACCUGUUCAAAGUGAAGGCCCAGAGUCAGGAGGGCUGGGGUCCUGAGAGAGAGGGCGUCAUCACCAUAGAGUCUGCAGUGGACCCCCGCAGCCCCCUCAGCCCUAUGCCAGGGUCUCCAUUCACGCUGAGCACCCCCAGUGCUCCAGGACCUCUGAUCUUUACUGCUCUGAGCCCAGACUCACUGCAGCUGAGCUGGGACAAACCCAGGAAACCCAACGGAGACAUUUUGGGCUAUGUGGUCACCUGUGAACAACUGCACGGUGGAGGAGAUGUGCGCUCUUUCCAGGUGAAUGGUGACAGCUCAGAGACCAGCCUCACUGUUCCAAACCUGACAGAGAAUGUUCCAUACAAGUUUAAAGUCCAGGCUCGGACCACUCAGGGCUUUGGUCCUGAGAGAGAGGGAAUCAUCACCAUCGAGUCUCAAGAUGGAGGAGCUCUGUCGCAGUACAACAGUCAGUCCAUAACCAGGAGAGAGGUGUUCCAGCUGCCCACGGAGGUCAGCACACGCACCAACGUAUCCCACACCAUGAUCAACGAGCCAUACUUCUCAGACGGGAUGAUGAUGACCACUCAGCACACAGAGACCAGUGGCAUGGUGACCAGACAUGUGACCAAAGAGGUGGUGCAGAGGAGCGUCGUGGGUGGGACCUCAGUCACCAAAAAGAUGUAUUAUGAGUCCUAAACAACACCAUUAUUUAUCUACACUCCAAGAUUUAUGUCACUUUAUAAUAACUACUACUGAAUUAGCCAUCAUAAAGCAUGAACCAAGACUUAGUUUUUAAUGAACUAAUAGUUUAUUAAGAAUGAUUUAAUAACUAAUUAAAGACCUUUUUUAGCCUUCUACCAUGUUAUAACUCAUCAAAAUAAUUUAUUGUAAUUAAUUAUUAAUACUUUUUGAUGGGUAUAGCAUUAUCAAAACAAAAAAAGGACAAAAAAGGACAUGGUGAUCUAAAUAUGUCAUAUGUUAGCAGUUGAUAUCCCAUAGAAGUGUAAUACCCCCUCUUUAAGUAGUAGUAGCCUGAAUGAAUCUUAAUAAACUAUUUGUUCAUUUAUAAAUGAGGACUUUGUUCAUGUGUUAUAACUUUUAAAAGUAUAUUGGUAGUUAUUAUAAAGUGUUACUAAUUAAUUUUAUUCUUAAAAUACAGAUUAUGAAAACAGCCACUUCAAGUGUUAUUUAUUAUCAUGUUCAGUGCAGCCUGUAUAAUAUUAAGGCGUAGUAUUGUGGGCUCUGCACUGGAUGUUACUGUUACAAACUGUUACUUUCACUCACCAUUCUUUUUCAAGCAUGCUGCAAGCUAGAGUUUGUUCAAUUAUUAAGCCAUGGCUGAGCUCCCCCUGUGGGUAAGAUGUGGGAUAACUCUGUCUGAAGGUUUACCUGAGGGCAGCAGUAAUCUGAGCAGGCCUCACUGAUCCAAAGUCACCUUCUGUGUAGGGCACAUGCUUUGCCUCUUUUCUGUUGUAAACAACUGGGAUUGCAAGAUUUUUCAUACCGAGGGUUUAAAUAUUUGUUUAAUAUAUUUUUACACAGCAAAUCAAAUAAGAAAUCAUGAUCAUAUUUCUAGAUAAAAGGAGUUGAAAAAAGACUUUGUACAUAGAGGGCUGUAUAUGUAGUUUAGAUCAGUAUUCUUGGGGCUGUCAUCAGUGUAAUGCCAAAUACAGAAUCCAAUGCAAUUUCUACUGAUAAUACUGAGAUAUUAUUCAUGUAAAAUACCCAAAAUGUAUUGUUUGCUUUUGUAAGACAUUUUAUAUAGCUGAUGCAUCUCAUAUCUUGUUGUCUUUCCCUACACAAUGUAUUUUUAAAACAUUUCUAUAUUACCACACAGGUAUUGGUUUUGUAUAGUAAUUGCAUUGUGGUGUACGAACUGGUCUGAAGUGUUUUGCAGACUGAACAGAAAAAAAGGUCUUUGAAUUCAUGAUUCAAGUAACAUAGAUAACUCAACUUUUUGCAGUCUUUUAUUUGUUGGCACUUUCAUUGCACUUCUAAAGAGUUUAAUAAAAUCUCACAUUAUUAAAAUAUAAACCUGCCUCUAAGCCAA